CUAAAUUUGAACAGCAGAAGAGAUUUUUUAUAAUUCAUAAUAUCUGAUGACAGGGAAUACACCGUUUCAGGAAGCGCUGGCCGCUAAUCUUGUCCUAGCGGAUGUGAAAGAUAUUGAUCACUAUCGAAUUCACGGAGGUAUGGCAGUCGAAACAGAUUACAUUAUUGGAGUUGCGUUUAAAGGUGGCAAGAAUAAAGGGAAUGAUGCGAACUUUGAUCCUUUUACAUUAUCCAAAACGUUCAGUCAUUUUCGAUCCUUUGCGAAGGAACUCAAGUCAAUUUCUGACGGAGUUCUGUCCUCACGAUUGAGCAAAAAAAAAAAGGAGGACUCAACUACGAUUAAGAUUGGUUGGUACUGUGAGACAGUUUACCAUUUAGUCGAGAGCCAGAAGCAACAGUAUGUUGGAAAGGUGAGCUUGUAAUAAAAAUGGUGCACUGAAAUUCAAUUAUUUGCGCUUUCUUUCAAGCUGCUCAUUACCACUUUUGAUUUUCCGUCGACAUUAGGUCAACUACAAAUUUAUGAAAAGUUUAGCCAAGAAACGAGCCGCGAUCAUCGCAGAAAUUCUGGAAUCCACCUUGAACAAUUUUCCGACAAAUCCGAAGGAAAAUAAACUUACUAUGGACGUGUCACAUGCCAUCGAAACUUUUUUCCGCACUGACAUUUGCAUUGAGAUCGAGGACAGGGAACACAGCGACGAUGUGAAGAACUAUUAUUUGUCAGAAGAAAUUAAGGUUGACAGUAAAAAGCACAAGCCAGAAGACAAGGCUACCGUGAUGUCUAGCAUCUCAAGUAGUGCGUCAACACCUGUGGUACCUCUUUCUCGAAAGCCAAGAAGUUCCCUCGUAACCAGAAAAGCUGAUCUCGACGAUUUGAAGAAGACAGGAAAAGAAGCUAGAUUUUUGUUGGAUGAUGAUAGAGCCGAAUCUGAGCCAGUCCCUUUCGACAGUGUUCCGGUUUAUUCUCAGGGAUCGAAAAUUGGAGAGCUGUUCAAAAACCAUCCAGUUGUUUUCGUUGUCACGACGAUGGGUUUAUUGUACUAUUUGAAGCGAUUUGGCACCGUGGCAGUUACAGUGGAUUUAGAUGUCAUGUUAUUAUUUGUUUGGGCGGCUUUCUGCGUCGGCCUCAAUUCGGCGCGACCAAUCAACAGCAGUGUAGCCAAAAGCGCUGGUCCUUCGCGGUCGAAACGAUCCGCGAAGGGAAGCGAUGCUGACGGCAGAAAAUUGCUUCGGCAAAUUUCACGGCGAAUGUCAAUCCGGUCAGGUCAUUGUAACGAUACUGGCGAUGACUCUGAUUACGAUGAGUCUGACGAUGAGGAGCCUGAAAUUGAAAGUCCAUUACCGGUGUUUCCCAAAGGAGCUGCAAUUGGUUCUCACAUGAAUUGUUGGUCCGAACCAUUCUGCAACGAUUUUUAUGUCCGUGGUCCAAAUUACCUGAAGGAUAGAGUGAAAGUUGAAUCAGGUGAUUUUUUGUGGCCAGUCCGCGGCAUCGACUUAUUUCUAACAGACACUCCCCCAGAAAAUGCUGGAAGGUAAGCUGCGAAUGAUUGUGUACAUAUGCAGGGAUUGGUUCCUUUUUCAUGAAUUUGAUUGGUGUCGCCCGUUCGCUCUCUUACAUAAUUGCAUUUGUAUCUUUUCUAGGCUAUCUGGAAUCAUGGGUGGAAAACUAAGGGAUGUUCCUACCUUUAUCAUAAACUUUCGACUUCCUU